UUUUAUUUCUCAUUAUUUUCAUACUUUAAACAUAUAUGUUUGUGUCACAAACAUGAAAGAAUACAAGUCUGGGAGUUUUCAAGGAGCUUUAUAUUUCAAUUGUUCGCGUCUUCAUAAUGAUAAGGUAAUGUUACUGUGUCCUGAUAUAAUCUAAUCAUUGGAAUACAUCUUACAUUUAUGUUGACAUAUAAAUAUGAGCAAAAGGUAUAUACAGGGUGUCUCAGUAUUGAUGGCACAUCCAGCAAGUCUUUAAAGUAUUAAAAUUUGUAGAAUAAAAUCAUUUGUUUUCAGAGCUGCUGCAUGUAUGUGAGCUACCUGUGUGCAAGUUUUAGGAAAUUGUCUUUCACUCUUGAAAAAUGCUGAUUUAUAUGAAUAUGGAUUUGGGAGAGUAAUGUUGGAUAACUGUGAGGAAGAUGAGAUCUCUCAUUUGCUAUUAAUUUUUGAAGAACAUAGGAAAAAUCCAAUGUGUAUCAUCCUUGAAGAAGUUGCACAUCUACAUGCAGUGGCUCUGUUCUACUGGCUUUAAUUGAAGUUUCCAUCUUAAGAGUAUAUAAAUUUGAUGAAAGAAAUACAAUGAAUAAUUAAAUAUGAUCCACGUCAAAUACACGUGUAACAUGGAUAGGGAAAAUGAAACCGAUCAAGGGUUUAGACUAGUUCGAUGCUGAAUGCGACUCAUUAAUUCCCCACGCGGUGCAAACGAGUACGCCCACGAGACCCUGAGACGAACGUGAACGAAUACUUUUACAAGCUCGAACCCGCAAACUUCUCACGAGUCGUUCUUCCACCUCUCAACGGAACGCAUCUUGUCCGAGCGAGCCGACCAGAUGGAUCAUCUUUGGGAAACGCAUGGCCGUCGAUUAAGCGAGGCUGGCCUGCGCAGAGGAUCAGAUAACAGUGUCGUCUUAACAGAGGACACCGACAGCUUCAUAAUAGGAGAUCGAGUAUGGGUCGGUGGUACGAAGCCAGGUGCCAUUGCAUACAUCGGAGAGACGCAGUUCGCGCCAGGAGACUGGGCUGGUGUGGUCCUGGAUGAACCGAUCGGCAAGAACGAUGGAUCGGUGGCUGGCUGCCGAUACUUCCAGUGCGAGCCGAAACGAGGAAUAUUCUCUCGUUUGACGAGACUCACCAGGACGCCGUUGAUGGACGUGUCACCGACACAGAAGACUCCAACGUCGCCGAUUGGCAGCACGAGAGAAGGCCUAAGCAAGUCCAUGUCUCCGUCUUUGAACGCAUCAACAACGAGUCUGUCGUCCACGAUGUCGACGAGGGAUCUCAGGAUAGGCGACAGAGUAAUAGUAUCGUCCAGUCAAGGCAGUAAAACAGGUGUCCUCAGGUACAUGGGCAUCACAGACUUCGCAGCAGGCGACUGGUGCGGCGUAGAGCUUGAUGAUCCUAUUGGAAAAAACGAUGGUUCCGUUGGUGACAGAAGGUACUUCGAAUGUCGACCUAAAUACGGCUUGUUCGCACCCGCACACAAGGUCAGCCGAUCGCCAACUAGCAAAAGGUCAUCGUGCAUGGUGCAUAAGCCAACUGGCGCUGCGCUUAACUCGUCCCUGAAGAAGACUGGUUCCAGAGAAUCUCUCCUUUCACUGUCAAGUGUCGCCAGCACCGCAAGUGUCGCCACCAGGACUGGUGUUACCUCUGCGAGGAGGCCUGGUUUGCGCACGUCGACACCUGCACGAACCACACUGCAGGAAACGUUAAAAGAAAAGCAGCAGGAGAUAGAGUUCCUUCGAAAAGAGAGAGAUUUAGAACGUGAACGUGUUACAAAAGCCGCAAAUCAAGCAGACCAAGCAGAACAAUCUAUUAUUUCAAUAAAACAAGAAUAUGAACAGUAUCGAGAAAAGAUGCAAAAAACAGUUACAGAGGCAGAAUCUGCAUUCACAAAACUAUUGGCAGAAAAGAAUGCUCUGGCUUUACAAUUGGAGGAGGAGAAGAGGAAAUGCGAAGAUCUUCUGUUUCGGUUUGAAGAAGAAUCAGUCAAUAAGGAUGAUAUUCAGAAAGAGAGAACUGAGCAAUGUGUGAUAAAUACAGUAAAUGAAAAUAGGAUAAAGGAUCUCGAAAAGCAGUUGUUAGAGGAAAGGGAACGCGUUGCUCAAUUAGAACGUGAUAGCAUAAAAUUGUUUGAAACUGAAGAGGAAUUAACGCGUCUUCGUAAUGAGAUCUCUACUGUUACUGCUCAAGAUAAACAUCAGUUGGAAGAAUUGCAAAUUCACAACAAGACUCUGGAAGUAAUUAAAAACGAUCUUGAAAAAGAGGUACAGGAAAAAACAGCACUCAUAGAACAAUGUGUCGCACAAAUAAAGGAACUAGAAAAGAAUAAUUUACAGGAGAAAAAUACUCUAAUAGAAAAUAUGAAAAAAGAAUUUGAAAAUAGUACAAAUACUUUAAAAGAACAACUGCAACAGGCCACAGAAAUGAUAGAGACUGUACGAAAAGAAGCCACGAGUGAAAAGGAAUUAUUGGUAUCCAAAUAUGAGAAAAUGGUAGAGGAGAAAGAAAAUCUUCUAAAAAUCAAAACGCAAGAAUUAGAGAUUGAAUCUAGGAAACAAUUAGAGUCACAAAACGUAGCUUUGGAAGAUCUUAAAGCUGAGAACAUGAAGCAAAUUAACAAACUUUCAGAAUCCUUUAACGAACAGUUGAAUGUGAAGGAUUCAGAAAUCAAGGAAGUUUCAAUGCAGCUAAAUCAGAAGAUAUCUGAGACUGAGAAAUUAAUGGCAGAAUUAUCAGCGCAGGUUGAAAUAAAUAAAAAGAAAGAUGAAGAAUUAAGUAUCACUUUAAAAAAGAUUGAAGAACUGAGCGAGAAGCUGAAAUUAAUGGAAGAGAAAAAUGAUAUGCUUUCUAAGCAACUACAAGAAUAUCAAUCAAAGGCUGAAGAUAGUUUUAAAAUACUUCAAGAAAAACAAAAAUUAGAACAAGACAUUGCUUCUUUACGGGCUACCGAAGUAAAUUCAUCUACGCAGUUGCAAAAAUUGAAUGAAGAAUUGAAAGUUAAAGAGAAGGAGUUAUCGGAGCUUCGUUUAUCUACAGAGACUGAAAUAAAAAAAUUAAUUAAUCGUUAUGAAUGCCAAAUUGAAGAGAAGACGAAGUAUAUUGAAGAAGCAAAUACAAAUAUAUCUCAGAAGUCUCUGUUACUUAGCAAAUUAGAAAAUGAUAUAGUUGAACUGAAAUCCAUUCUAGCGAAUAAAGAUGAAGAAAUAAAAAAUCUUACAAAGAAAACUUCAGAGUUGCAGAAUGCGCUUACCAUAUCAGAACAAAGUAAGACAAAUUUGGAGAAUCAACUCCGAGCAUUCGAAAGUAACAUAGAAAACUUAAAUCAACAGGUGGCUGGUACAGAAAAUAAACUGUCGCAGGUCACAGCUCAAAAAGAAAAAUUGGAAUCUGAUAUUGCAAAUUUGAUAAGUAGUUCCACUGAUUCGUCUGCGCAACUUGUAAAAUAUAAUGAAGAUUUGCGAAUCAAAGAGAAAGAAUUGGAUGAAUUAAAAGAUAAAGUAUUCAAAAGUGAUAAUACGCUCAAAUCGUUAGAGGCUAAAUUGAAUAACACUGAGGUAGAAUUAAAAGAAGCUACUACAGUAAUUCAAGAACAACGCUCAGCAUUAGAAGAUAAUAAGACUCAAUUAGAAAAGGAGAGAGCAUUAAAUACAACAUUAUCUGAUAAAAUGAAAGCUAUUGAAAUAGAAAACGUAGAACUCAAUAAACAAAUACAGGAGAAUGAACGCGUUAAACAAAAUCUUAAAGAAAAAUCUGAAGAAACAUCAAAUCUUAUGAGUCAAUUAGCAAGUAGUAAAGAGGAGAUUGUUAAUCUUCAGAAACAAUGCGAUACUUUGCAAAAUUCACAUAAAGAAGAAGUAUCAUCACUUCAAAAAGAAGUAAGUAAUUUGCAAUCGGAGCUAGCAGCUUCUAAAGAAGAAACAAAAGCUUUGCAAAAACUGAAAUCUAAAUUAGAGGCUGAUCAAAGUGCCAAUCGUUGGUCUAUCGAAGAACUAACAGAAAAAUUAGAAGCUGAAACUAAAAGUCGUUCAAAGUUGGAAUCUUUGAUAGCAGAAAAAGAUUCUAAUUUUCAGCAGUUGCAAAAUAAAUACUUAAAACUGCAAGAAACAAACGAAACAUUAGCAGCUAGUAAAGAAACCAGUAAUAAAAAUCUUGCAACUUCGUUGCAAACUAUGUCCAGUGAAAUAAAUGAAUUGAAAGACAAACUAGUCAGUGCAACAGAGACUAUCAAAGUUAAAGAAGAUGCUCUUCUUCAAACGAAGAAAGAAGCUGAGCAAACUGAAGCACAGAUUUCGCAACUUAAUGAAACUAUUACACGUAUGCAAAAAGAACAGUCAGACAGUGCAAGUGAAAUGAAGAAAAUACAAGAUAUACUUACAGCAAAAAAAACAGAAAUGUCCAACAUUUUAGAGACAAAAGCUUCCUUGGAAAGUAAAGUGCAAACUUUAGAAUCACAAUUAUUAGAUAAUACAAAAACUUUGGAGUCCCAAUUAAAGAAUGUACAACAAGAAUUAGCCACAAAAGAUAAUUCACUUCAGGAGAUGGAACGUUUAAUGAAAGAAUUGGAAAGCUCCAAAGAUGAAUCAAUAACGAAGUUACAAAGUAAUUAUGAAUGUGAAAUCAAAUCUAAGCAAACUGAACUUGAAACUGCAAUAAAGGAAAGUUCUGACUUACAACAGAAACAUCAAUCGCUUCAGAAUUUGGUAGACAAACAAAGUACUGACUUAAAUAAUAAAGAAGCAAUGAUGCAAGAAUUAACAGCACAAAUUAAACUUUUAGAAAAUGCACAAACAGAGAAGCUUAAAACAGAUGAACAGACACGAAAUGAGGAGGUCAAAGUCAUUCAGAGUCAACUUAAUGAAGUGAUCAAAGAAAAUAGAAACUUGAUAGAUACUAAAGAAUCGCUUGAAAAAUUAUUAAAAGAUCAGGAAGAGAAAGUUGAGAUGCUAACAAAUACUAUCAAAAACAAGGAUAAAGAAACUGAGAAGAAUAUGCAGAAUUUGAUGGAAAAAUUAAAUCGUAUAUCUUCGGAAUCCGCACAAUUGAAGGAAGUACAAAACAAUUUGGAAAAGGAAAAUAAAUUAAUUACUGCAAAGUGGACAGAAGCAACGAAUCAGUUAAAACUAACUCGUGAAAAUAUAAAGAACAACUAUGAUGCAGCGGGAGGUGACAUGAAACACAUAGUUGAUAAAGAUAUUGAUAUCAUAAAAUUGAAAGAAGAAAAUGAAACGGCGAAAAGCCAAAUAGACUUCUUAAAUUCUGUAAUAGUGGAUAUGCAACGUAAAAAUGAGUCUUUAUUAUGUAAAAUUGAAGUUCUUGAAAUGGGAGUACCUGCUAACGAAGCUGAUGAGUAUACGACUGCCACGUUAGAGAAACGUAUGGCUGCGCCACGUAUGUUCUGUGAUAUUUGUGAUCAGUUCGACUUACACGAAACGGAAGAUUGUCCACGUCAAGCCCAAGACUUUUUGGAAACGGAAAAAAUCGCAAAAUCUCCAAAAAAGGUUUCGGUGGAAAGACCGUACUGCGAGAAUUGUGAAAUGUUUGGACACGAUACUCGUGAUUGCGAUGAUGCCGAAACAUUUUAACAGCGUGUUAUUAUUUGUAAACCUACCUUUCCGCUUCUCAGAUAUUCUAGAUACAAGAAGAAACCUGUUGACAUUUAGCAGAGUAUAUUUUUAUAUAAAAAAAGUUUAAAGCUACCGUUGUGUGUACGUCUUCCCGCAUUGGGUAUGGGUGUUCAUCCAAGAAUUUCAACAAGUCGAUAAAAAUCUGUACUCUUCCUUGUUUAUGGUUUAAAAAUCUAUAUAUGUUUAUUGGAUUGUUUUUUGCGUGCAUAUUUGUGCUUCCAUGUAAUUGUUAAAGUACAAAGCCAUACCGUUCGAUUACAAGCUAUAGUUAUGGUUAAAUUGUUAUGUUGUUUAAUGAUUAAUAUAAACUGAACAUAUUUGGUUCGUUUUCAGGACGAAAAGCUGUACGUAUACCGAUUAAGGGGGCUGGCUAAAGUCCAAUGUAAUUAUGUACAUAAUAGUUAUUUAUAUCAACCUGUAUAUGUAUUUAAUAAUUUAUUUAGUGUUAAAAAGCGCAGAAAGUACAGUGAUAGUUCCUGUAAUUGAAGAACGCAAUGAUAAAAUCAUUAGCGUUCGAAGCGUAAGACAGUUCUUGCAUAAUUUGCGAAAGCUUAUUUUGAUUUAAUUGGUAGUACAUUUUUCUGAAAAAUGUUUGUACAAUAAGUACAAAAAAAAAAAUAUUUAUUUUGUUUACAUUGUUUGUUAUUUUUAUCAUUAAUAUUUGUACGAAAAUCAUUUCAGCAAAAUUGUACUACUAUGACUUACCAUUGUCUUGCCUUUUAACUAAGCUUUAACACAGGGUUGAUACAUUCAUUAAAUUAGUCUUAAAACUUCAUGCUUUGUAGUUAAGAGAAAUAAAAUUGUAAGAGACUGAUUUUAGUA